CCACUUAUGCUCGGCUGUCAUCUAGGACUACGUUUGUUGCUCUAUACCCAAGGGCCAUGUGCAGAGUAAGGAUGGAAAUGUACUGUCUGACUGUAAGGUUUGGAGACCAUAAUGAUUGAAGAUUAUAUUGAAGCCACUCUGACAGAUUAUUUGAACAGACAGCUCAACAAUGAGAAAGGGAACACCGAGAAAGUGAGUGAGCCAAAGAAACAGAGAACAAGCACAGCAUGGAAAAGAGCUCAGUCUUGCAUAGCAGCACGGGGUCGAAGGCAAAGAGAGAGGGAGCUCUUCAAUGAGUUGGCUGACCUGCUUCCUUUACCCCCAAACACUGGAGCUCAGUUAAACAAGGCCUGUAUCAUCAGGCUUACGGCUGGAUACCUGCAUGUGAGAGCCCUUCUGGGCCCAUCAACCUUCCAGCAAACACAAAACACUGAGGACAUCAUAGAUGUAGCAAGGCCACUUCCCCUCAAGUCCAUCUAUCCCUAUUACAAAAGAGCCAUUCCGUCUAUUUGUCUUGAGGAGGGACUUCUAGACUUAGCUCUUGAAGGAUUUCUGCUUGUGACCUUCCUUGAUGGCCGAGUUCUCUACACCACAGAGAAUGUCAACAAAUACAUUGCCAUCAACCAGGUAGACCUUAUUGGCCGAAGCCUGUUUGACAUCAUGCACCCAUAUGACCAGAACGAGGUCAAACAAGUUCUUGCAAAAUUGGCCGGAAGUGUAGGGAGGCAGAAGUGCAGCCUUUUCUGGAGAACUAAGAAUACAGUAAGCCUGAGGGCAGUAUCCUGGACGGUGUUGCACUGCACUGGGGUUAAGGGGCCAUCCCAUCCCCUGGCCUCGCAUUCCCUUCUGCUGCUGUGUCAACCUCUACCUGUGCAAGGUGUUGACCAUAUUCCUGCUGGUCUGAACCACAAGACUUUCCAGAGCAUUCACAGCCCAGACAUGAGAUUCACUUCCUGUGACUCCAGAGUUUGGGAGUUGACUGGUUUCCAGAAUACAGAACUCGUUGGACAGUCUGUCUAUAAGUACUACCAUACCAUAGACUGCUUGAAACUUAUGCAGUCACAUAUCUGCUUGCUUUCCAAAGGACGGAUGGUCACCGGGAAGUACCGCUUACACCACAAGCACGGAGGAUAUGUUUGGGUAGAGACAGAAGCAUCUGUGGUGUACAACAACCAAACCAGACAGCCACAGACCAUCUUCUGUAUCAAUUACGUGCUAAGCGAUGCAGAGCUACCAGAGGUAGUGUUUUCUCUGGAGCAGCUGGAAUAUUCCCUCAAGUCACAUGGACUUUGCCCUGAAACAACGGUGUCUCCUGUACUGGCCCACACUGCUGGCCAGGACACAGCAAACCGAGCCAACGGAUCAGCCCUGCUCUCCAACACUACUGGCCACACUAGACUCUCUGACAGCCCUACAGUGUUCAACAAACAUCUUUGUGAGAAAGCAUCAGUGUCUUACGUCUCUCAUCAUGUGUUUCAUGAUGACAAGUGGUACAGGGACCUGGAUGCUCUGGCCCCUUACAUUCCCAUGGAUGGGGAGGACUCAGUCCUUUUGCCCAUACAGGACUACCCAUGGCACAGACAGGAGUCAAGUAAAGACUGUGGUCUUUCUGGGAAUGGCCUGGAUGUUCACCAUUACCAUGGGGGGAAACCACAUGCUUCAGAAUGUGUUUUGUGUUCUUCUAACCCUGCGGCAACCUACCCUGUCAGCCAGGGACAACCUCAGCCCCACUCAUCCUGGACACAGAGGCACAAAAUUCUCAAAACAGACAAUACUCACACACGGAGCAGAAAUCUGCAGCCAGUCUGGGACUCUCUAAGUCCAAUUGUUCAACAGGAAUCAAACGCACCACAAGAACACACGCCACAAAAUCCCCAGAGAGUGAAAAUUACAUCAGUUCAGUCUUCGCAGUACAAACAUCCCCCAAACAGCAGACAAUCCACUUCACAUCCCUACCCCACAUGGCAGAGAAUCAGAGAUCGAGAGAUAUACACUGGUACUCAUAACUCACCAACGUCAAUGCAGAGGCGUUCUGGACACAUCAGGAACCUCCAAAGGCCUGGUAAGCGCAAGGACUAUGCCGAGGGACAAGUGGACUCAUUUUCAUUGAACCUACCAUUGCUGAGCCAUAGUGAAUGUGAGGUUAAUGCUCCUCUUGGGCCUACCUUUUACCUGCUCAGUGGUACAGAAAUCACUUCUGUUCUUGAUCAGGCUACUACCAGGAUCUCAAUGGGAUGAAUGUAUAGUUAAUAUACUUUAAGAACACCAUAUGUGUUCACCUUAGCAACAUUGUGACAGGACCAUCGUUUACUUAAUAAACUAGGCCUGAUAUAUCUUUC